AUGACGAAGCCUGACAACCUGCCGGAAAUGGAGUACCGGUUCCUCGGCAGAUCCGGCCUCAAGGUGUCUGCCCUGUCUCUGGGCGGGUGGCUGACCUACGGUGGUCACGUCGACCGCGAGAGCACGUACGCCUGCAUGAAGGCGGCGUACGACGCAGGCGUCAACUUUUUCGACUGCGCCGAGACGUAUGCAGAAGGCGAGAGCGAGCGGGUGAUGGGCGAGGCGAUCAAGAAGUACGGAUGGAAGCGCAACGACCUGGUGGUCUCGACCAAGAUCUACUGGGGUGCGGCCUUUGGCAGCAACCGGGCCAACAACGUGGGCCUGUCGCGCAAGCACAUCAUCGAGGGCUUGGACCAGUCGCUGGCGCGGCUGCAGCUGGACUACGUCGACCUGGUGUAUGCGCACCGGCCGGACCGGCAGACGCCGAUGGAGGAGACGGUGCGGGCCUUCAACCACGUCAUCAACCAGGGCAAGGCGCUGUACUGGGGCACGUCCGAGUGGAGCGCGGAUGAGAUCGCGCAGGCGUGGCGCUACGCCGACCGGCUCGGCCUGAUCGGACCGCUGAUGGAGCAGCCCGAGUACAACAUGAUCAAGCGCGAGAAAGUCGAGGCCGAGUUCGCCCACCUGUACCGCGAGGUCGGACUCGGCCUGACGACCUUCUCGCCCCUGCGCCUCGGCCUGCUGAGCGGCAAGUACCGCGACGGCGUUCCGCCCGACUCGCGCCUGGCCCAGACCCAGGUCGAGUUCAUCGCCGGCCUCUGGCAGCGUCUCGGCAAGGACAACAUCGACGCCCUCGUGCAAAAGGUUCGCCUGAUGGAGCCCAUCGCUGAGCGGCUCGGCACCACCCAGAGCGUCGUCGCCCUCGCCUGGGUCCUGCACAACCCCAACGUCAGCUCCGCCAUCAUGGGCGCCAGCCGCCCUGAGCAGGUCUAUGAAAAUAUCCGCGCCGUCGAGAUCUACAAGAAGCUCACGCCCGAGAUCAUGGACGAGAUCGACACCAUCCUGAACAACAAGCCGCCCGUGGCGACUGCGCGGUUCUAA